AUGGCGGACACAGAUUCUGUUUUCGAAUUUUUACAUAUGCAGAUUGUAGAGUACAUACAUGAGGUACACGGCAAAGAAAACGAGGUAAAGCAGUCACAUGAACGAAUAAUCUUUUCCAUAUAUUUUCCCCUUUUUCCGAAUCAAUGAUCGCUUAUAUACAACUAAUUCUGACUAAAUAUUUUGGCUUGUCUGCCUUGUCACAUUUUACACGAGUACUUCUUAAUACAGAAUGAUGCUACGUAUAAGUUGGAAGAGAUGGGUUAUACCAUCGGACAAAGGCUAGCGGAAAGGUAGGACUAGUGAUUGUGUUGGCCACAGUUACAAAAAAGGAAUUGCUCAAACAUUUUUGCAUGUUCAUUGUUCUGCAGAUUCACAAAGGAAACUGCAAGGUUUAAAGAUGAUUUGGACGUAAUGAAAUAUAUCUGUAAAGAGUUUUGGACUGCCUUGUAUAAGAAACAAAUUGAUAACUUAAGAACAAACCAUCAGGUAUUUCUACUGUAUGUUACUAUAUAUGUAUACGUAUAUUAUUCUUCUGUUCAAAUAAUAUGAAUGUUUACUUUUUAUUGCUUUCAUAGGGCGUCUUUGUUCUUCAAGACAACAGAUUUAGGUUACUAACACAGAUCUCAGAUACUGAGGAAUUCAUCAAACCUGCUGCAAAGGUUCUCUAAAUCUAAUUCUGGGCUUCAACCCCAAAACUUCGAUUUCAAUAGAACAUUAUGCGUCGGUUAGCCUUCCUCAUGCACGCGAUGGUUCAGGCCUAUUUAUACUUGCAACUUUCACUGCGAUUUCUAGUGCGAUUUUCUCCUUUUGACGGAUGUGAAUGAGUGAACUAGUUACAAAUGUAUGGUGAAGAAAAAUCCACUAAGCACAUUCGUUAUUAAUCCACUCAUUCAUAUCCGUCAAAAGGAGAAAAUCGCGGGCGAAAAUUUCUCAAUUUAAAUUAAUUCAAAUUUUUAACAACUAUGAAGGAACCGACGAGCAAAAAAUAUCUUUAAUAAAAAAACGAUUGUCGAAAACAAUGAUUUUGCUCCCAGUAUAGUUUUGUAUCAUAAACAUGCUUUUCAGUCAUUCUUAUACUUUAUAAUAUAUCGUAUACAGUAUCUGUCGUUGCCGUGUGGGUUAAUUCGAGGUGCUUUGGCUAACCUGGGAAUACCAUCAAUCGUUGGUGCGGAAAUCACAAUGCCAAUGUGUGAGUGAAUAUUACAUCAUACUCCGUAUAUUGAGUUUGCUAAAAAUCAGUCCUGAAACGAGGGAUUGUAAAAUUUGAAAAUGUAAAUGUUGUUUUUUGUUGUAUUUUUAGGCAAAUUCACAAUCAACAUCCAAAAACAUUAGGUCGCUGAAGAAACCAAUUGAAAUUGUUAAUUAUGGCGGAGCUUGUUCCCGCAUUUGGUGGGAAAAAACUGACUGUAUUAGAUGCUGCAUUAGCAGGGUCUUUUCUGAAUUUCUUCGCAGUAAAAGGAAAAUGAGGACUAGCUAUAUGAUUUAGGAAAUGACUGAUCACAUUUUAGGAAUAUAGUGAUACCUCUCACCAAUAAUGUGUGUAAAAAAAUGUAAUAUUCUUCACCUUGUAAAUAUCACUGCUAAUAACUUGAAGUCAGGUUAAAAUAUACGUUCCUAAAUAAAUGAAAUCCAAUGAUAGUGGAGAAAAUUUGAUCGUGCGUUAUCAUUUCGAUAUGUAGCAGGUGUAGGUAGCCAAAAAAACAUCAACAAGCAGCGAAAGUUCUACUUUCUACCAGAACGAUACAAUGAGAUUCGACGUUUCCAGCAAACGUCUUUAUAGGCUUUGUCGGGGGGACCUUGAAAAGCGCUAGAAGGACCUCCCAAAUUUAUGUUUGCGACGAGUGUCUUUCCGGCAUCCCCAAGCAAAAUCAAAGUUGAAUUAUCAAUUUGUCAAAAGUCCUUUGUUAAUGUACAGAUUUUAGAUACAUUCGCUUUGUCGAUGGGAAAGAGCCAAGCGCUAUUGAUCUAGAUUUUACAUGAAUAUAUAGGUUUUCUACUGAAUAUCUUUUAUAUACACGAAACUAUUGAAACUUUUCUGCAAAAGCUAUAAAACUGUUAGGUUAUACUCUUAUUAAAAAGCUAUAUUACUGUUAGGUUAUAGCUACUCUUAUUACAGCGUUAUCUGUUUCCAAUACAUUAACUAUGUCUAUGCUACUAGUACUAACGUCUAAUAGAUUAUACGGAUAUUGACCACUGUGUUUGCUUGUAUAAUUUCAAAGAAUAGAAUAAAAUUAAAAGCAAAGGACAUUAAUAUUAAUGAUGUUAAACCGGCAAGGUUUAACAUCAUUACUUGUUCCCUCCCAGAACACUUGCCAACCUCAACCACAGUAUGAUCCCAGAGUAGUCUCAGAGUCACCUGCGCCGUCCAACGAAGUGAUAGACCCUGGGAACGAGAAUGAAACCUGUUCACAGCCUGUUCUACAAUUUACGCAACCUCAUGAUGAAUCGAAUGUCUCGGAGUUGAUUUCAAAUGUCACCGCAAGCGACAGUCACAACAUCUCCAGCACUUCGGCCAGAGUUUUCUAUGAUGAUACGACUCAUCUGCGCCCGCAAUAUCAUCGUCCAUCGAGGCUUGGUGACGUCACAGUUGAACUAGAAGAAGUAGACAUUGGCACAGCCCUCGGAGGAAGUGGAUUGAUUUCCUUAGCACAAAGUGCUAAUGCUGAAGAGAUCGGUCGGUGGGGAGAAGAAUGUGUGUAUAUGUUGUUAAAACACAUUGAAAAAGAUCAUCAAGUUGUCUGGGUCAAUGAAAUCGCAGAGUCUGGGCUUCCAUAUGAUAUCCGCAUCAAAGGAAAAGACGUCGAAAUAUUCAUUGAGAUUAAGAGCACCUCCGCUUCGGAAAAACAUGUGUUGGAAAUAUCAUCACAAGAAAUCAAGUGCGCAUUCGAAAAGAGGGAAGAUUAUCAUUUAUACCGCGUGUACAACGCAGGAAACCAGCGUGAUUGUCGCGUAGCAAGACUACGUAACCUAGCCUCCAAUCUUGAUACAAAGGCAGUUUCUUUAUUUAUAUUUAUUUAA